AUGGUUCAACUGAUAAAUAAUUAUAGUUUAACAUGUGUUGAAUCGCAUCAAGAUGAAAAGGCACAUUUAAUGUGUUCAUGCGAUUUUCGAAUAAACGAAAUGAAUUGUACAGAAUCACAUAUAUUAAGAACGGGAAGCUGGAUUUUAAUUCCUUACUCUUCGUUUAUUGCAGCAACUUCUAUAUGGUUUUUGUGGUAUAGGUUAUAUUGUAAAGGACAAUCGUUAUUAUUCCCUCCUUCAAGAGAUAGAGGGAUAAUACGUCCGAGACCCCAUGAUGCAUUUCAUUUAGUAACAGUCUCUUUCUGUCUAUUACAUAUCGUUCGCCUUCUUCUCUUAAUAAACAACGCAUUUCCAAAUUCAAGAUGGGCAGAAAUUUUUGAUGACUUACCUCGACAAACAUCGUUUGCUUUCUCGGUAUUAUAUCUUGUCGGAAUCAUUUAUUCGAUACCUACAUUGGAACCAACGACCAUGCAUUACUCGGAACGAUUCAUACCGAACAAGGUCUUAAUUGAUAUCGGAGCAUUCUUCUUAAUAAUUGGUCCAUAUAUCGUUAAUACAUCAAUAUCUUACAUGAUCGGAUAUUACGCUGACAUUGAAGAAAUUCCAUCUGUGUCGAUUAAAUUAUUUACGACGAAAUAUUUAAUUUGGAUUUUUUGGUUAACGACAUAUUUAUCAUCAUUAUUAUAUUUCUGGCACAAGUUAGUUUCAUUAUUAAAAUAUCACAUGAGAGAAUUAAAGAAUAGACCAAAGGACGACCUUACGUUACAAUUGAAAUAUGAAUCUUUAGAGGUUGCCGCGAUAAAUUUAUCAACCGUUGUGAUGGUCUUCGCAUUCCUCGGAUUUACAUUUAUACUGGUAUUCUUUGUAUUUGGAAUCUCCUACAAAACAUUUGCCAAGGAUAAUGACACCAUCAAUGUGAUUUACUUUUUUAUUUUGAAUUUUUUCGAACCCAUUUGUCUUCAAAUAGCGCAGUUCAUAAUUGUAUACAAUGCCGUCAAACCAACUCCGAAUGGCGCCUCAUUUUGUAAAAUAUUAAGUUUUAAAAGACCAACGUCGAUGAUCUCGCAUGGUAUUCAAACAGCUACGUACAUUAAUCUUUCCGAAAAAACACCAAGAUCAUCAUCAAAGAAACCAAUUUCUGAAAUACAAAUAAUGUCAAGUCAAACGACCAACAACGAUGACCAAUUCCCGCCAACUCCAUUCACACCUUAUAUAACAGGAUAUCAAAUAGAAAGGGAGCAUGGUGAAGCGUUACCUUUUGAAAAUGUGGAAGAAUUUUUUCCAGAUGAAAUUCCAAUUGAAAGCCAAAAAACUCAUCAUAGACGUGAUUCAAGCAUCGGAGGUUCAAGCAUUGCUUCUACAACUUAUUUUUCAAUAAUUCAAAGCAUACAUAGCAGAAACAAUUCACUCCAUAGUGUUCAUUCGCUAAAUAAUAAAAGAAUAAGUAACAGAUUGAGUUCACAACUUUUAAAUUCAAACCCUGCGAGUGAAAUUGAUAGUGAAAGUGGAAAAAGAAGAUCGAAAAGGGCUUCACUUCCAUUACAACAACUACGUAAAUUUCCAAGAGAAGAAUUACGUAAAAGUGCUAGCACACAUGAACUACAUGAAAUAGAUAUUCAAAGUGGGAAUAAUGAUGAUGUUAAUGAUAAAUGA